AUGGCUCUUCUGACGCUUUCUUCAAACCCUUUUUUCACUUUUACAAGACUGCAACCUGCAAGCCGCUUCUGCCGCGGAAAAUCGCAGGGUGUUUGCAUUUCUGGUCCAGUCCAAUGCACGGGUGGGGCUAAAACAAGUAGCCAAACUGCUGUGAUUGUGAGGCGAACCGCAAGCUACCAACCUUCAAUUUGGGACCAUGAUUAUAUCCAGUCACUAACGAGUGAUUAUGUGGGAGAAACAUAUACAAGACAAUUGGAGAAGCUUAAGGGAGAUGUAAAGAUAAUGCUUGGCCAAGUCGGGGAACCUUUGCAUCAACUGGAGCUAAUUGAUUCCUUGCAAAGGCUUGGAAUACAUUAUCACUUUGGGGAAGAAAUAAAGAGAAUAUUGCAUAGCAUAUACAACAACCACAAUAGGAAUGAUACAUGGAAAAAUGGAGAAUUAUAUGCCACAGCUCUUGAAUUUAGACUCCUAAGACAGCAUGGCUACCAUGUUCCUCAAGAUGUUUUCCAUAUUUUCAUAAACAAGAUGGGGACUGUUAAGCCAUGGAUUAAUGAAGAUAUCAAGGGAAUUCUAUGCUUGUAUGAAGCUUCAUACCUUUCCGUAGAAGGUGAAAAUAUCCUAGAAGAGGCUAGAGAUUUCACAAGAAAUUUUCUUGAAGAAUACCUUGAGCGGACUGUAGAUCAAAAUGAUCUUACUGCGAUAAUAAACCAUGCCAUGGAGCUUCCGCUACACUGGAGAAUGCUAAGGCUAGAGGCAAGAUGGUUCAUAGAUGUAUAUGAGAGAAGCCAGGGCAUGAAUCCCAUUUUACUUGAGCUUGCUAAACUGGAUUACAAUAUGGUGCAAGCAACAUACCAGGAGGAUCUAAAACAUGCAUCAAUGUGGUGGAGGAGCACACGCCUCCCAGAAAAAUUGAGCUUUGCUAGGGACAGAUUGGUGGAGAAUUUCUUUUGGGCUGUGGGAUUUAUAUUUGAACCUCAGUUUGGAUAUUGCAGGAGAAUGUUGACAAAACUCAUUUCGCUGAUAACAACAAUUGAUGAUAUUUAUGAUGUUUAUGGGACGUUGGAUGAACUUGCGCUCUUUACAGAUGCUGUUGACAGAUGGGAUACCAAUGCAAUGGAGCAACUUCCACAAUACAUGAAGAUCUGUUUCCUUGCUCUCUACAACUUCACUAAUGAAACCGCUUAUGAUGUUCUUAAAGAACACGAUCUCAACAUCGUUUCAUAUCUCAGAAAAGCGUGGGCAGAUUUAAGUAAAUCCUACUUCGUUGAGGCGAAAUGGUACCACGAAGGUUAUAUGCCAUCUCUACAGGAGUACAUCAACAAUGCCUUGAUUUCAAUAUCGGGUCCACUAACACUAGUUCAUGCCUAUUUUUUCAUCACAAAUCCAAUGACGGAGGAGGCCUUGGGAUGCUUAGAGAGAUUCCGCGAUAUAAUCCGUUGGUCAUCAACGAUUUUCCGUCUUUCAGAUGAUCUUGGGACAUCAUCUGAUGAGUUAAAAAGAGGAGAUGUUCCUAAAUCCAUACAAUGUUACAUGUAUGAAACUAGUGCUUCUGAAGACGAUGCCCGCAAAUACAUAGGCUUCUUGAUUGAUGAAACAUGGAAGAAGAUGAAUGAAGAGCGAAAUCUGAAUUCUCCCUUCUCCCAAACUUUUAUUGGAAUGGCAAUGGACAUUCCUAGGAUGUCUCAAUGCAUAUAUCUGUAUCGGGACGGGUAUGGUGUUCAAGACCGUGAGACUAAGGAUCACGUAAAGACAUUAUUCAUUGAGCCUAUUUCCCUUAUAUAGAGAACCCAUGUCCUUCAGUCUGAGAUGUGAAUGUGAUCUAAGCUUUUUAGAGUUUGGAUGUGGUAGCUUGGUAAAUUUGUGCAAAGGAUAUUUCCCUGAAGUUAAUUCACUUAUUUGGUUGGUUUGGUCUCAUGUUCCUCAGCUGUUAGACUGCUUUCUUGUGAGAUUCACCAUUAGGUAAAACAAUAGCAGAAAAAUCCACACAUAAGUAAG